CUUCCACACUAUAAAGAGUGCUUCAGACGAGUUGCCUUACAUUUGACUAUUGAAUUAUUUACUGAAAAACUUGCCUUGUGCUUUACAUCGUCAGUAUGGCCGAGGCGUUGGCAGCAGCUUUCACAGAUAAUCUCUUGACAUGUAGCAUCUGUCUGGGAGAGUAUGAGGACCCCCGUGUGCUGCCUUGCUACCAUACAUUUUGCUAUGGUUGCAUAUGUGACCAUGCUACGCAAACUGUGUCUCGGGACAGGACAUUUUUGUGUCCCCUAUGCAGAGAAGAGAUAUUAUUUCCAAGAGAAGGGCUUGCGCUUAAAAAGAAUCAUCUUAUUCAUAAGGCAAAAGAUCUUCUAAGUCAGCGACAGCAGCAUGAAGUCUCAUCUCCAACCAUAGACACUGAUGUAUGUUAUGUGACGCAAGCCGUUACACAAAUGAUGAGCAAAUGUGAGAAGCAUCCUACAAAUGAUUUAAAAUACUACUGUGAAGACGAUGAUAACGUUGUUUGUGGUGACUGUAUACCAAAAGAACAUUACAGACAUGGUAUUGUGCCAGUUGAGAACGUGGCGAAUAGCAAUCGAAAAAAUAUUAAAGCUGUCCUUAUGAAAAUUGAAACAAAACUUGGCAUGUUAAAAGAAACAGUUGCCAAUGACAGAACCAAUGAAUUGGAGGAAAUCAAUACGGAGGCCACCAUCAAUAGAAUUAAAGAACAGGCUCGAUCUAUCCAUAGACUGGUUGAAGUGAGUGAGCACAAACUGAUAUCAGAGGUAAAUUUUGCUUGUGAUAUUAGAAAAAAGCAGAAGGAGGCAAACAAGGACACCUUCGAACUGUACCAUGCCUCCUUACAAAGUGCCUCUAGAUUUGCCCAGGAACUUAUAACAAAUGGCUCUGAUUCUGACAUCAUGCUUCAUACUAAGGCUCUGACAGAGAGACUGACAGCGAUGGAGAAAAUGCCAGUGCCAACUCCAGACACACCAGCACAGAUAUCCUACAGCCCUGGUGAGAUAUCCGCUGCCAGACUGGAAGCCUUGUUAGGACAGGUGACAGUGCAGUCAGCAGCUCCUACCUCUCCACCUCUAUCUCCUAGGCUGUCACUUCCUCGACCUCUGCUUAAUAUGGGGACAAAUCCAAGAUCAGCACCACAUGCUCCGCCUCCGCCUCCGCCUCCACCUCCACCUCCGCCUCCACCUCUAUCUAUUAGACUGUCACUUCCUCGACCUCUGCUUAACCUGGGGACAAAUCCAAGAUCAGCACCACAUGCUCCGCCUCCACCUCCACCUCCGCCUCCACCUCUAUCUCCUAGACUGUCACUUCCUCGACCUCUGCUUAACCUGGGGACACUUCCAAGAUCAGCACCACAUGCUCCGCCUCCGCCUCCGCCUCCACCUCCACCUCCGCCUCCACCUCUAUCUCCUAGGCUGUCACUUCCUCGACAUCUGCUUAACCUGGGGGCAAAUCCAAGAUCAGCACCACAUGCUCAUGUUUUCUUAGAGAAGGCAGAAUGUGUGCAUUCUUUCAGUGCUAAAUUGAAGGGUGAUCAAAUUAACACGUUCGUAACUGGGCUGGCCGUAGAUGAACAACUCGUGUUCACUGUGAAUAGAAAAGAAUCUUUUGCAAAAGAAAAUAAUAGAACAAAUGUAUUCACACAUGCAGGGGAAUUUAAAUUUGACAUUAUAUUAAAUGAACCAUUUGACGUGGCUGUGUCACAGACUGGUCACCUGUAUAUAACAUCAUCGGGUGACAAAUGUGUCAAAGUGUAUUCCACCAGAGGUCAGCAGGUGACAACCAUGGGCCAGGGUCAAAUUAAUGAUCCAUAUGGUAUAACACUGAACAGUCGAGGUCAUAUAAUGGUUUGUGACAGAAGUAAGAAAUCCAUUUUCACAUUCCUUGCAGACAGUGAACAGCUUCUGAACACUAUUCCACUCAGUAUGUACAAAUUACCAGAGUACAUCACCGUGAACAGGUUGGAUGAUAACAUUGUCAUUUCAGACUGGCUGGGACACUGUGUACAUGUGCUGUCACCUACUGGUAAACAGCUGCACCAGUAUGGCACACGAGGCAGUGGUGAUGGUCAGCUGUGUGGACCAUGUGGAGUGUGCACAGACAGCUAUGGCCACAUCUUCAUUGCUGACAGUGAAAACCACAGGAUAGUGGUACUGAGUUCAAAGGGACAAUUGAUCAGAUACAUUGCCACUAAAAAUGAUGGGUUGGAGCACCCCACAGCAUUAGCCAUCAACCCUGCUGGCCAGCUGGUGGUAGCAGAGAAACAGGGCAAAGUUAAGAUUUUUCAGUACUUGCGAUGAAUAUACUGUUCACACCAAGGCAUUGCUAUACCAAUUUUUAUAGUUCUCUUUAUAGUUACAUGGUAGGAGAAAUUUGAUCCAUAUGUUAAUGACUUAAUGGCCAAAAUUAUCAAACUUUCAGAUACAUAAUUUUAUGAUCACAAAAAUUAUAUUUUUGUGUAGCAUUUUUGGUGCUUUAUCUGCAUAAAAUAGAAUUUUAGAGUACUCUGUUUUUUUAAUUUUUCUACUACUCAAUAGGAAUGUUCUAAUUUUAAGAAAUUGUUACUUUAAAAUACCGGAACGCUAUCCGGAAAAUUCACAAUUUCCUCCUUCAUUGAAAAGAUCGAGUAAUUGAGUGCUGAGAAACUACAGCAUGACAUUUCACAGGGUACAAUAUAAUAUAAAUUUCGAAUCAGCGACCAUGACUUAGAAAUCGAAAGAGGUCGCUACACAAAACCCAAAAAACCAGUAGAAAACCGAAAAUGUCCACAUUGCAAUGAUGUUGAAACAGAAGCGCAUUUCCUACUAAAAUGUAAUGAGCAUGUGAACGAAAGAGAAAAUAUGAUAAAAAUGAUACCGCCUCAAUUGUCAUCUGAUGUAGAAAAACUUGUCUGGCUCCUCAAUCCUCAAAGUGAACACUGUCUAAAAACCGUGUCUCACUUCAUCCAAGAAACAUUUAAAAAAGACUAGCCUGUCAAUAAUAAUGAGCAAGUCUACCUCAAUAUAGAACAAUGUAAUUGUCAUUGUGUAAUAUAGGUAUUUUUAUCUUAUUAUUAUCAUCAUUUUUAUUAUUAAUAUUAUUAAUUUUAAAAAUUAUUUCCUUUCUUAUAGUUUAUUUUUUUCCCACAUUUAUAAGAAAUACUUCCACUUGUUACUGUAGAUUAUGUAUAUACGGGUUGAUUGAUAAGUAGUGAGCCUCGUGUGGAAGGGGUUAAGCAGGGAUAUCCCUUUUCGGCCCUUCUAUUCCCUGACUAUUUAAAGGUGUGUAGCCGAAGUUUGGUGUCAUUUGGUUAGUUUAUGUCGACGAGGUAGCACUUUCAAAUAAGCAAGGCAAGUGACUUUUGCAAAAUGCCCCUGCUCACAAGUCUGUCAUUGCCAUGGCUACAAUCAACGAGUGUGGCUUUGAACUGAUAGAACAUCCACCUUAUUCGCCUGAUCUUGCUCCCUCUGACUAUAAUCUAUUUCCCAAAUUGAAAAAGUACAUUUCAGGUACUCACUUUGUGUCAGAUGAUGACGUCAUACGUGAAUUGGAGGAGUUUCUGAACGGCUUCUAUAAAAGUGGCAUAGAGGCUCUCAAAAUUCGCUGGCAAAAGUGUACAGAUACUCAAGGAGACUAUGUUGAAAAAUAAAGAAAAAUACUUGUAAAAUGUGUACCCCUUCUAUAUGAGGCUCACUACUUAUCAAUCAACCCUACGUAAGGUAAUUAUGAAACAUAUAAUUACAUUUGUGUUUGAAAGCCUGAUAUCAAAUAAGUGGGAUAAUAGGUCUAGAUAUAUAUUACAUGUAUGUAUAACACAAGUAGUUUAGAGGGCCUGCAAAAUGUACUGAAACAUUUUAGUGCUCAAUAAAUUAUUAUUAUUAUUAUUAUUAUUAAAUACUUUUCACAUCUUUUACUCGCAGCAUAUACUGCACUGCUGAGCUGUAGCCUUAAAAGGAAACAUGAUUUGAAGUUUCUUUGAUAGAAAUGGCAAAUUAUAUAUUUAAGUAUGAAUUAACAUCUACUGGCAGCAUAACAGAAGGGCCAGGUUAGAUCAUUUCAGUAC